CUUCUUGGUUAAUAUAUUAUAAUAUUUUGAAAAAUCUAUAUACCCAUUGAGUGGGCUUGUACAUUCUUUUAUCUGGCCGAUCUAUAUCUCGCGCCGCCGACGUAAUGGCGACUCCAGGAGCAACGCAGGCCCUACUGGGCGCCUUUUUCUUCGGAAUCUUGUUCAACGCGGCGUCGGCUGCCCUGGUUUUGUACGUUAUAGGUCAUGGUUCGACGAUCUUUCGGGACGGCCUGAGGCUGGUCCUCAUAUUAUUUCUCCUGUCUUCUGCCGCUUGGGCAUUGGUCGAAUUCCUCGCCACCAUCAUCGAACCGACCGCCGGAACCAGUUGUCAGGUUGCGGCGGUCUUCUCGUCUGUUUUCGACCAGCUAGGAAAGAUUUUCAUCGAACAGUAUUUGGUAUGGGCGACACGAGUAGAAGGGAAGACGGCGGGCUUAAGUUUGGUGCCACAAAUCCUCCUUCUCGGGCGAUUUGGUGUCGGUAUGGCAUUCAUAGGACUUACGGGAAACGAGUUUAGCCCUACCUGUGUACCCGUAUCCAAGGUACUCCCCGUCGCUAUUACUGUCAUUAUAAUGGAUGUCGUUAUAUUCGUUAUUCUUGCUAUCCAAGCGUUGUCGAUGGGUUCGGCAAAGGAUAGUGCGAGUAGCCCACGUGCUCCCAAGAGAAGUGUCGGAAUGGUUGUCAUUGGCCUAGGAAUAUGGAUAGGGACGAGCGUCGUUCUUCUCUUAGGCAUAAAGUCAACUGAGUUGGUAUUGAAAACCACACUCCCUGCACUUGGCUUGGCGAUCCUAGUCGCAUUGGUUACUGUACUCUCGGGAACACUAGUAAUCUCUCGAGGCCCGCCUCCACGACGACCGGACUCUCCGAUGACUCGGGACCUUGGUAGGGAUUUAUCAUCUUCAGAUUCUGCUGAAUACCCUCCGUCCCGUUACGAGGAUGUGAAGGGUGUAACGACUACAAUGACCAUGGCUGCAUACGCCGGCCCCAACGAUGGCUCCAUGCCUGCCGUCUCGUUCCCUAUCACACCAACACCCGGAGCCGACCGGGGGAGAUUUAAGAAAAAUAUCAAGGCUAAGGGUAACACAGGCAAGCUUGUAAUCUCAAAGCCGGUCAUUCUGGAGCAAGAAGGCAUGAACAACCCCCUACAAAGGAUACCAACAGUCGAUCUUGCUACAGCUGCAAAUUACGAAAGGGAACGACGGAUCAAGUUGGCACAACGUGGGUCUACUCUUAUCGCACAACGACCAGCUCCGCAACCACCAACUUCCGAAGGACAAAAUGGAAUACUGUCUAGGGAAAUUAGCACGAAGCGGAAGCAAGUUGCACCUGCAACUUUGGCACAACUGGAGAGAUCUGUGUCAACUAAGACUACUAAGACAACCGCAGGACUUUCGGUAGAAGCAAAUGCAUCAUCUACUUCGGCAGAACUGUCGCCAGGGACCGAGAAAGUUAGGAGGAGAUCGCCUCGUCAACCUCCCCCGCCACCAAUUCCGUCGACCUUCCAGCCUAUCCGACCUGGCGAGCCAAUUCGUAUACCAAUCCCAAGACCUCGAACACCACCCGAGUCGCCCAAGUCCGAGCCUGUAAAGACCCCUCUGCAACGACGCCCGACAACGGGACUUCCAUCGAACCCCCGCGCACAAGCGAUGAAAGCAGCGAAGGAGGCCGAAAACCUGAGACAGGAGACUGUGAUGUUCGUCAACAAUAUUGUAUAUGAUGACCCGAAUGCUGUGGAUAAUAUCAUGCAAGGAGCUUCGAAAACACCGAUGGCACCUCUCAACUCCCGUGACUCGGUUGUCAACCGCCCGCGCCCGAUUCCCAGGAAAGGGGAUCGCCAAGUUUUCCCCGCCGAGCCCUCACCUCCCAGACGGCCAAAGUCGAGUGGUUCUAUUGCAAGCAGAAAGUCCAUUCUUCAAUCUAUGCCCGGAAGUCCUACUCAACUACCUCCAUUGCCACCGCCCCCUAAGAGUGCUGGUAAUGUAUCACGGCCUCUCCCUAACGACACGAAGAGUAUGACGUUUGACGAGAAGAUGAGUUUCCUAUACACUACCCCGCUUAGUGCUCCCUCGUCGGCGAACGGUGCAGACAUGCGACGGUCUGAAGUCCCCCAGAUUCCUCCUUUGCCAGCGGCAUAUCUGGCAGACACACAGCCGCCCAGGACCGAAAGCAUCCGUGAGCCCGACUCUAACAGCGAAAGGAGAGUAUCCAAGACAACCGACAGAAGUUCAAUCCGAACCACAAGCAUUCUCGGAAUCGAAGACAUCCCACAACGACUGAUGCCAAGUGCUGAUCGCUCGCGUAAUGCAAUUGAUGAAGUAGGUCAAUCUUGGCUUCCAGGAAUUUCGGUUGAGAAUGAAAGACAAAAACGUCCUUCGGAUGAAAGGAGCAACCGGAAGUCGUCCCCGGUUCUUCCGGUAGCAAGUCGAUUCAGCAUGUCAUCUAUGAAGACUGAAAGCAGGGUCCGAGACGACGACAGGAGUACUAUCUGGGGUUCCGUACACUCGCCAGUUGCUGCCGUUGAUAUUCAACAGGCACGACGACUUAAUGCUCGUUCGACCUACAUUCAGAACUCGCAGAGCUCUCGUAUUUCUGAAGAACCGGAAGAGCGGAGUUCUUAUGCGAACAUCCCUAGCGAAGUCAUGGAAGUUAUGUUAGAUACGUCGGAUAGUCCGGUCGAUCGACAGGAGUCCCCCGAGAAGACCGUGCAGGAAAUCCCAACUUUCCAUCACCGAAUUGGCGAAGAAUGCCCGACAUUCUCUACCAGAAAGGACAAGAUACGGUCGAGAAAGAUGCCCCCGCCAACUCCCCUCAUUCUAAACAGGAAGGGUAGCAAAAGGGCGAUAAUUAUCCAGCCUGCGGAACCUUCACCACUGGAGUCGCCUGAGGCUGCAUACCAGAUGAUCCAAGCUCAAUUACAGAAGUUUGAAGAGCCGAACCGGGACUCAACAGGGAGCCAAGGAGGGCGUCUAGCGCUACUAGAGAACCUGGAACGUGAAAUGGGGCAGUUAGAAAACAAAUGGCAAAACCGUGUUGACCGUGACUCUAUGUCGAGCAUUGGCACUACCACAUCAAAGGGUUCUCGGCCGCCUUCGAUAGCCGAACGUAGGGCGUCUCGAAGGGCCUCCCUGCGCAACACGGCUUCGCGGUCUAAAAGCCAAGAAAGCACCGCUACACCUUCAUCCCAAAGCUCCGGAACGAGCUCCGAAAACACACAGGCCAGCGCUUGGCAAGCCCGUCUUGCCGAGGCUCAAAUGGAAUACAUGAAGAGCACUCCCGACCUACUUAUGAAGCGCAACAAUCUUAACUUCCUUUCCGUUUCUAAGGCGGCACUAGGUAGCCCAAGUCCUCCCGAUACCGACGAGUCCGACUACGAAAAUGAGGCUCCUGGUAGCGUACAACAAUUGCAGCCGACGGUGUUCAAGCCGGUGACUAAGGUGCAUGAGCUCUGGAAACUGCAAUCACCUGUUCAAUAUCCGGUCAGCUCAGGUCUUUGGGUGGGCGUAGCUAAGAAGUCCCAAAGGGGCAACGCGCUUAAUGAACUCCCAGGCUUGUCUGUACGUCCGGCAAUUAGAAAAGCCUCGGGUUCGUUAUUAAUAGAAAGUUCACAACUAUGGGAGAAGCCCGCCAGGAACAGCAGCACUAGCGCUAUGGAAGGACUAUGGAAGAAGUACGAUCCUUCAGGAUCGAGCGGAGCCGCUGCUCGCCGCGUCACCAUUCGCCCGCCUCGAAGGAAUAAGCGCGCCACACUUCUGCCGGACAUCCUAGAGAAUCCUGAGCCCUUACCGGACAAGCGAGGAACUCUUGGUUUAUUCCAAUUUCCUUGGGGUGAGAAGAGCGAAAAUGCUAGUGUUCAACCUCGACCUACUCGUAUGUUCAUGGCUAUGCCUGGGACUAUGACCACAGGAGGACCAAAGAUCAACGCCGCCUUAGAAGCUAGAUCAAAGCAAUUAGAAGCCGAAGAGUUUACGACGUCUUUCUUCGACGAUUACGAAGCAGAAGAAGAAGGCGACAACUUCGACUUCUCGGACAGCGAUAACGAAGGAGACGACUUUGACGAGAGUACGCUUUGGGAGAUUGCAAGCUUGUUAAAAUCCGAUAGAGUACCUUCGAAAAAUAGCUUGCUUCCUUUGCCGCUACAGAGCCCAUCGUACGCCAACUCUCCGGUGUCGUCGACUAACGUCGCUGAAAACGCAGCUGAGGAGUAUCGUGACGAUGGUCUAGUGUUGGAGGAGCCUAUUCCGGCAGAGCGUCUACCCCGCACGACUUCGGAAUCCACAUCCGUUAAAGCUUUACUCUGGACCCAACGAGGAGCUUUACAAGUUAACACUGUCGGUCUACCACAACCGGAUUCUACCAUCUGGAAGAGUUAUAUCGCAAAGCCCGCAAAAAUGGCCCGAUCCAAGUUCCAGUCUGAGGAUGCUCCUACUAUUGAGAGCACCGAGCUAUGGGCACCAAAGUUCAAGAACGGUAACAUGAAAAGCACUGGAUUGUUAUGGAGUGCAAGUAAGCCAGCCCACAAGGUCACAGUUGUCGCACCGAAAAUGAAGGCUGUUGCAUCUAAUAAGUCCUUAUGGGUACGACCUAUUGCUACUCUAAGCUCGGAUAUUAGGGGACUGUUCAACCCUAGCCACUCUAGGGCUGACUAUCGAAGAACUUCGAAAGUGCCUGCUGCCCUUGUGACGGAGAGGAAGCCACGUGCGGUAGAAGUACACUUGGAGAAGCUAACCUCAAGGACUCUCUGGACCGGAAAAGCUGCGACCAAGUCCUCAUUAAUGUGGGAGAAACCUAGUGUCAUCUAUGAUACUGAGCGCGAUGGUCUAUUUGACAGCAAUGAGGCCAGACCUGACUUUCGCAGGACUGCGAAGGAACCGGCUGCCAUUUCCACAAAAAGAGUUACUCGUACAGUCGAGAAGCCGUUAGCCAGACUAAAUACAAACAACUUAUGGUCUCGGGAAAUCACUACCUCGUCGCAACCCGCUAAGGGCGCUCAAUUAUUCGUGUCGAAAAAGUCUAUGAUGGUCGCUCAGUCGAGUGAGACGGGAGCUAUAAUCAAAGUUCAGUCCAUGCCCUUGUGGCGGAAGCCAGAAUCAAGCCCAGAGUCUGAAUACGAAGGAUUAUUCGAUGCUAGCGCCCUCAGGAACAACUAUCGGAAAACUUCAAAAGCUCCAGCCGCCAUCUUAAUGUCCAAGAAACCUCGCACGAUCAAGGAGCCUUUACCGGUGCUUACAACAACUACUCUUUGGUCUGAAAAUUCUUCAGAGCCCGCACCCGCACUCGCAUCUGCUGCUUCUACCCUCGAGGUAAUCGAGGCACGAGAAGUCCCAACAUCAACUGCAACGAUAUUAAUGUGGGAAAAGUCAAUCUUGCCAACCUCGAGCUCGGAUUUUGAAGGGUUAUUCAACGCCAACGUUGUCAGAGUUGAUUAUCGAAGGACAUCUAAGCUUCCAGCUGCGAUAAACAUGACGCGAAAGCCUCGUAUGACGGAAGCACCCCUUCCAACUCUCACGAGCACAAAGCUUUGGGAAAAGUCAUCCGAAUCGAGCCACACUCCUACCGGUGCUUCUUUAUGGAGCAACCCUACCCCUACUAUACCUGGCCUUUUCAAAGUUGACCCAAGUCGUAAGGAUUAUCGAACAACGUCGACAGAACCAGCUGCAUUAGAUAUUGUCCGAAAGCCUCGUGCCGUCAACGAUGCACCCCUCCCAAGUCUUGAAUCGAAUCGCCUUUGGACUCCCAACAGGACCACAUCAGUGGAAGUAGAUUGGAUUUCUAUUUCUUCCGUUGGACCUCAAAGCCCCUCUGUCGCUUCCGUAUCCGAAUCAAGCUCAGCGCCUUCAUCUCCUAUGUCUGAUUCAUCAUCUGCCAAGACGAGCACUACCAAAGCAUCAUCUGCUAAGAGUUUCUUCAGUGGUCUAUUUGGACGAAAGAAGAAGGAUUCGGAAUCAUCAAAGGCCCCUAAGGAUUCUCCGAAGGCAGAGUCUGAAGUUCCCGCCGUGCCCGAAUUGCCUGAAGAAUUCAUUGUCAAAAACCUAGACGAAACACUGCACAAAAAGCCAGCGAAUGUCCCUCUCCGCAAAUCGUACCGUCAGAGCGUCGCUUAUCGCGCGGACUGGGAUGGUGAGCUGCGAGAAGCCAUUGCUGCUAGCUAUCCCAACACUAUGAUUGCUUUGCGGUCGUCUUAUCCUCAAGAUUGGGAGGAGGCCCUCGACGAAGCUAUCAGGGCAAGUCGCGUACAGUUCAAGCUUGAUCGUAAGCCCGCAUCGCCUAGAGCGUGGUCUGUCGCCCUUCAGAAAGCCAUUGUGGCCUCUUACCCCGAGAUCAGGUUCUCGCGUGGUCAAGCACUACCGUCACAAUGGACAGCUGAGCUUCAGGAUGCCAUUUCUAAGAGCUACCCAUCUCAAGCUGACAACUUCGACGUCACUGUCCGACAUCCCGUUUUCAUGGGAUCCAUGGACACGACGGCCGAGACGAUCCACCCGGCAAUUGGCCCAAAGGUGUUGAGGAGUAGAGGAAACUCUAGGAGCAAGGUAGCGCAACCUACUAGUGCCAAUCUCGAUGUUGCUGUUCGACAUCCCGUGUUCUUUGGUUCUAUGGAAACCACCGCCCAGUCCGUCCACCCUGCAGUCCCCGUGAAGAUGCAGAAGCAGAAUAUGACGAGCGAUGCUGUUACAGUCCCUCAACUCUGGGUUAAGUCGGUCGAGACCGAAGUAGCAACAGAAAGUCAUCUAUUCAGCCCUAACGGUGCCGUACCAAAACUUCAAGAGGCUUCUUUCAAGGCUGAAGUUGACAUGCCACACCAAACCGUACGGAGACCCAAGCACACCGCUCAGAAUUCCGAACCCGAGGUUGGCUUCAGCGAGCAAGGCUUAUGGAGCCGCAGCCGUGCUACCGACGAAAAUUCUCAAUCUCAGGACAGGGAUUGGCUAGACGACUCGAUGAAGAAGCGCUUCUCGCGCGUUGAACUAAGAUACUAGGUAACCUACCUAGACGGAAAAUGGGAAAAGAGGAGGGCUACGAAUUUCUGAGGGGCCGGUGUUAAGGAGCGUUAUAUAAGAGCAUACCUAACCUAGGAUAUACCCCUUCCACAAUGUACAACAUCUAAUGGUUUUGUAACCACAUCAUCUACCGUUCUUUUAUUUUUCUUUUGAUUUUUUUUGAAUUGCUGUUUAGCAUUGCAGAUAUGUUUUGUAUUUAACGCAGCGUCAUGCUUGACGAAAUCAAGAUAGCGAUGUAUAAA